UCGUGUUCACGGCUAUCAAAACACGUCAUCAAAAUAUUCACAAGUAUAGAUAUAUAUAUAUACAUAUUAUUUCUAUACUAUAUGGUAGAAAUACUAUUAUAUUAGUCCCACGCGCAAAUAGUUGACGUAGUCAAUCGUGAGUCGUAUUUGACCUUUGCAAACAUAUUUCUGAAAAAUGAUUUGUGCGUCAAAAAUUUUAGCUUUAGCUCCAAAAUAUCUUACUAAAUUAGUUAAUUCGAAUGUCAGAUGCUUUGCAACACAAGUAGCAACGAGAACAACUAUAGAGAAAUCAAAAGCUAACAAAUCUAUUAGCAAAGAAUCACAAUCAUUUACUAUGAACAUAUUUCGGGGUCAAUUAGUAUCUAAUCAGGUAUUUCCGUUCCCUGAAUGUUUAAAUGAAGAACAACAAGAAACAUUAAAGAUGAUGAUAGAUCCAAUUGAGAAAUUUUUUGAGGAAAUUAAUGACCCUGUCAAAAAUGAUGAAACUGCUUCAAUUGACGAAAAAACAAUGAAAGCCCUAUGGGAUCUAGGAGCCUUUGGCAUUCAAGUUCCACAAGAACUAAGUGGACUUGGUCUUAAUAACACCCAAUAUGGAAGAUUAGUAGAAAUAGUUGGACGCAAUGAUUUAGGAGUGGGUAUAACAUUAGGAGCUCAUCAGAGUAUAGGUUUCAAGGGUAUUCUCUUAUUUGGUACUCCAGAACAAAAAGCAAAAUAUCUUCCAAGAGUUUGUAAUGGUGAUAUGGCUGCUUUUUGUCUUACUGAGCCAAGCUGUGGUUCUGAUGCAGGCUCUGUGCGCAGUAGAGCUGUAAAAUCUGCUGAUGGUUCACAUUAUGUUCUCAAUGGUAGUAAAAUAUGGAUUUCAAAUGGAGGAAUGGCUGAAAUAAUGACGGUUUUUGCACAAGUACCAAUGAAAGAUUCAGUCACUGGAGAGACCAAAGAUAAAGUCACCGCAUUCAUCGUAGAAAGAGCAUUUGGUGGUGUUACUAGUGGACCACCAGAAAAUAAAAUGGGAAUAAAAUGCAGUAACACAACAGAAGUAUAUUAUGAAGAUGUAAUAGUUCCUGCUGAGAAUCUUUUGGGAGGAGAAGGACAAGGGUUCAAAGUAGCUAUGCAAAUUCUAAACAAUGGAAGGUUUGGUAUGGCAGCAGCUCUUUCUGGAACCAUGCAAUAUUGUAUUCAAAAAGCUGCAGAGCACGCUGUUCAACGAGUACAAUUUGGGAAAACAAUCGACAACUAUGGAACUAUUCAAGAAAAAUUAGCUCGCAUGGCAAUGUUACAGUAUAUUACUCAAUCAAUGGCCUACAUGAUUUCAGGUAUGAUGGAUAUGGGUUAUCAAGAUUACCAUCUAGAAGCAGCUAUUUCAAAAAUUUUUGCAUCCGAAUCGGCUUGGUACGUUUGUGAUGAAGCUAUUCAAAUUCUUGGAGGGAUGGGGUACAUGAAGGGCACAGGAUUGGAGAAAGUGUUGCGGGACCUGAGAGUAUUCAGGAUAUUUGAAGGAACGAACGAUAUCUUACGAUUAUUUGUUGCCUUAACAGGCAUUCAGUAUGCAGGUAGCCACUUAAAAGAAUUGCAGAUGGCGUUUAAAAAUCCGACUGCUAACUUAGGUUUGAUUGCUGAAGAAGUAUCCAGAAGAGCUACCAGAGUUAUUGGUUUGAAUUCACCAAAUUUGACUCCCUUAGUCCAUCCUAAACUUGCUGAUUCUGCUAAUUUAUGUGCCAAAAGCAUUGAAUCGUUUGGUUCAACAAUUGAAUCCAUUCUGGUAAAGUACGGCAAAGGAAUAGUUGAUGAACAAUUUAUAUUGAAUAGACUGGCUCAAGCAGCUAUAGAUACGUUUACAAUGGCUGCCGUUUUGAGUCGAGCAACUUUAUCUGCUAGUAAGAAUCUUCCAUCGGCUAAACAUGAAAUGUUGAUGGCCGAAGUCUGGUGUUCUGAGGCUUCCAGUCGUGUUGCAUAUAAUUUGAAAACAGUUGGCGCUUCUAAAAAUUUAGCUGUUUUUUCUAAUCUAAGUAAAAUAUCAAGAAAUGUUUGCGAUGCUGGUGGAGUCGUACAAGUAAAUCCUCUUGGAUUUUAAAGAUAGCUUAUGGUAUUUAUGGUAUUUCUUAUUAUAUUUAAAGUUUUACUGCAACUAUCAUAUUUGAGUAGAAUAUCGCAUAGUUUGAUAAAUUCAUAUUGCAGAAUUGUCAAUUGUUUUAGCUAAAAAUACAUUGGGAUUUUUAUUUUAUAACACUUUAUAGUUUUAUAACAAUGAUAAAAAGAAUUCAUGACUAUUUUUGUAAUGAUAUUUGAAGUGCCUUUGCAAAUUUAAUAUUAAUACUUGUGCUUGCAAUAGGAAAUGUAUUAUUGUACAUACCAUUCAAUAUCAUUAAUUCUUAUACAAAUUUUUAUUUUUGUUGUAUACUUGCGGAAAAAAAACGAUUUUUAAUUAUAAUGUUAGUCAGUUGAUGCAAAAACAAUGCAAAUUACGUAAGUUGCUAGAGUAUUGUCAAAUGUAUGUACAUAAAUAUACCAAUUUUUAUAUAAAAUUUUUCAAUUAAAACAAAAAGAAAAAACAUUUCCAUUAAAAUUAUUUACGUGACUUAUUAUUAUCUACAUUCAAUAUUUCAAAUCUUCUUUGAAACCAUUUUAUUAUUUCGAACAAUAUGAAUUACACUUAUACACGUAUAUAUAUAAUGAAGCGAGGCUGGGAAGACAUACAACACUACAAUCUCUUUCCCGAACAUCUAGUAUAUACGUGUGUGUGUAUAGGUAUGGUAUUUUUCGACACUCCGUGCGCAAAGUGCGUCUUUCCCGCACGCUCGGCAGAAAACGUGCGUUGAAAAUUGCACUUUCCACACGUCGUAUCAAAAAAUACGGUACGGCACAUGUUCGGGAAAGAGUUUUUCGUCUCGUGUACCCUUCCACCCUCGCUUCGCUCGGGCGUAAAAGCCACACGAGACAAGAAUCUACUUUCCCGCACUUGUAUCGUAAUGUACUAUUUCGACACUCCGUGCGGAAAAUGCGCUUUUCCCGUACGCUCGGCAAAAAACGUGCGUUGAAAAUCGCACUUUUCACACGUCGUAUCAAAAAAUACGGUACGGCACAUGUUCGGGAAAUAGUUUCUCGUCUCGUGUACCUUUCCUCCCUCGCUUCGUUCGGGCGUAAACGCCACGCGAGGCAAGAAUCUACUUUCCCGCACUUGUAUCGUAAUGUAUGAUUUGUGCAUGGCGUGUUGAUAUAGUACGCACUGCGAUAGAAAUAUGGGAAUAGCAUAUUACGAUACAAGUGCGGGAAAGUAGAUUCUUGUCUCGGGUGGCGUUUACUUUAUUAUACUUAAACUUGUUCUUCAAUAGUUUUUCAUGAUAUAUUGGAUUCCUUGAACAAUUUUAUUCCAGCCUUUUUUGUUAAAUAUAAUGCUGUAAUCAUAAGAACAAUCAAAUUCAUAGCUACUUGCUUAAAUUUUUUAUCAAAAAUAAAUAUACUUGAAUAACAAUAAUUAAUAUUAUUACAAUUAUUAUAAAUGGAAAUUUUUAUAAAUUUUGGUGUUGAGCAAAUAGAUUUACACGUGUUAUUGAUAGUACAAUUAAAUUUGAAAAUUAUUCAAUAGAACUU